GCUUAUAUGCUUAUCGACUGCUGCUGGGUUGCGUGCAGUCUUCAGUUGAACUUUGAAUUUCGCUCGGACCAGAUACUCGGUGACGAGAUGGGAUUUGUCGGACGAUUCUUUUUUGUGACUUUAACCCUACUAUUUGCCGUGUUGUUCAAAUCUUACAGAGAGUUUACUGCUCCAGCGCCAGUUCCGGACAUAGACUACCAAGAAUACUGGGGCCCAGGAGAUGGAAAAAACUACAAAGAAAAUGUCGAAAUCAAGCCAUUCCAGUUGGCUUAUGGGGAUGAUGCCAUUGAAAAACUAAAAAACAAACUAGAUGACCGGCCGUCGUUGGUUGAACCAUUGGAAGGAACGGCUUUCGAAUACGGAUUUAAUAGUAAGCGAUUGCAAGAAAUUUUAAACUUCUGGAGAGAGGAUUAUCUCGAUAGGUGGGACGAACGCCAGAAAUAUUUAAACAGCUUCCCACAGUUCAAAACACAAGUCCAAGGAUUGGAUAUACAUUUUCUGCGAGUAAAACCGGAGGUACGGAAUCCAAAACGCAUUAUCCCACUGCUGAUGUUGCAUGGUUGGCCUGGUUCUGUGCGGGAGUUUUACGAAAUAAUCCCAAAACUGGUAACUCGCAGCGAUGAAAAAGAGUACGUUUUCGAAGUGAUAGUACCAAGUUUACCGGGAUAUGGAUUCAGCCAGGGUGCUUCGAAGCAAGGCCUGAGUCCAGCAAAGAUUGCCGUUAUUAUGCGGAAUUUGAUGGUUCGUCUCGGGUUCCAAAAAUUCUACGUACAUGGCGGCGAUUGGGGAUCAGUGGUCGGAAAUCUUAUGGCCACUUUCUUCCAGAAUGAAGUUCUCGGCGUUCAUUUGACAAUGUGUAUGAACACUGCUCACAUCGCUUCAGUAAAAAAUCUGAUCGGCGCACUCGCUCCUUCCCUGGUUGUGGACGAUAAAAACGUUGAUUUUUACUAUCCGUACCUGGAUCGGUUGAAGCUGCUCAUCGCGGAAACUGGAUACAUGCACAUUCAAGCCACCAAGCCGGACACCAUCGGCGCUGUAUUAACCGGAAAUCCGAUAGGCCUUGUUGCGUACAUCCUAGAAAAGUUCUCUACCUGGACCAAUCCUAACUACCGAAAAUUAUCGGAUGGUGGGCUCGAAAAAUAUUUUUCGCUCGAUGCCCUACUGGACAAUGUUAUGAUUUAUUACCUGACCGAUUCCAUCACCACGUCCCAGAGGUUGUACGCAGAGACGUUCAAUAUCAAAGAGCUGUCACGCGAAUGGGAUCGCAUUCCGACACAGGUUCCUGCAGCUUGUGCAAAGUUUCGGCACGAGCUUUUCAUACAAACUGACUGGGCUCUGCGGGAUCACUUUUGGAAUUUGAUUCAAAGCAAUCAUUUUGACGAUGGUGGCCAUUUCGUUGCCAUGCAAUUGCCAGACGUUCUGUACCGGGACAUUGUGCAGUUUGUAAAUCGUUUAUAUCGUCGGGAAGAGCAAUGAUGAAAUGAAAAACAUGAAAGCAAGAACAAAAUUCAACAGA